AUGCCAUGGUCAGCAUGGUGUUGGUUCAAACUCAAACCUCUUCUUGAGGCUGCCGGCCACCGCGUCUCCGCCUUCGAUCUCUCAGCCUCCGGCACAAACACCAAAGUAAUACAAGACGUGGCUACACUUGCUGAUUACAGUAUGCCGUUGCUGGAAUUCAUGGCCACCAUUCCGCCGGAGAAAAAGGUGGUGCUCGUCGGACAUAGCCUUGGUGCAUGGUGUUGGUUCAAACUCAAACCUCUUCUUGAGGCUGCCGGCCACCGCGUCUCCGCCUUCGAUCUCUCAGCCUCCGGCACAAACACCAAAGUAAUACAAGACGUGGCUACACUUGCUGAUUACAGUAUGCCGUUGCUGGAAUUCAUGGCCACCAUUCCGCCGGAGAAAAAGGUGGUGCUCGUCGGACAUAGCCUUGGUGGUAUGAACUUGGCUCUGGCCAUGGAGAAGUUCCCGGAAAAGAUCUCUAUCUCAGUCUUCCUCACUGCCUUCAUGCCGGAUACCGUACAUACUCCUUCCUAUGUUAUAGACCAGUAUAACAAAGUUAUAAAAUUAUAG